UGCAGAGAGAUUGCCUUUUAUGAAGGAGGCAAAGAUUCAGACGCGCCAAACAACCCCCCCGGCGGCCCCAACACUACUCUUUAUCCUCUCUUUCUUCCUUCCAUUCUCUCUUCUUCUUCGGUAUAUAUCUUUCUUCUUCCUUCUUCUGCUUUCUCAUACACAGUCAGUCACGUUGGUGUUGUGGUAUCUGCGAAGCAUGGCAAACUCUUCCUCCAAUGGAGCUCGGGGCAUAGCUGCUAUAGUAGGAGUGGGUCCCAGGCUCGGCAGAUCCAUGGCCCACAAGUUCGCUCGCCACGGCUACACCGUCGCCAUCCUCGCUCGAGACCUAGGGAGGCUGUCAAGAUUGGCGGAGGAGAUAACGAGGGAGGAAAAGGCGGAGCAGGUAUUUGCAAUUAGAAUAGACUGUUCGGAUGCUAAAAGUGUGAGGGACGCGUUCGAAGGAGUCCACUCUCUGGGAUUCGUGGAGGUUCUGAUUUAUAAUGCUUACCAGCCUCCAAAGUCGUCUCUCAACGCAACCCGCUUCCAAGAUAUUCGCCUAGACUCUUUUCAGAAAUCACUCGCCGUUUCAUCCCUCGGUGCUUUCCUCUGCGCUCAACAGGUGGUGCCGGGCAUGGUGGAAAGAGGAAGGGGCACGAUUGUGUUUACUGGGUGUUCAGCUUCUGUGAACGGCGUUGCUGGUUUCUCUGAACUAUGCUGUGGGAAAUUUGCAUUGAGAGGACUAUCGCAGUGCUUGGCCAGGGAAUUUCAACCCAAGGGAGUGCACGUAGCUCAUAUUAUCAUUGACGGGGUGGUCGGCCAUGCCAGGGAAGAAGAAACGACGUCGUCGUGGGAGAGAACAUCAGGAUCAAGUGGGGAUUGCAAAGAUAUGGACCCAGACGCAGUGGCUGAAACCUAUUGGCAAUUGCACGUUCAGGACAGAAGUGCAUGGACCCAGGAGAUGGACCUUCGUUCCUUCACUUCCACUUCGCUGUAGCUUUUCUGAUCUCUUCCCCCUCCUCUCAUAUGCAUACAUACAUAUAUAUAUAUAUAUAUAUUUCAAUUGUGUGUGUAUGAUUGUUUCUUGUGUUAAGUUUUGAGGUUCAUGAUUUCAUCUUUCUCAACUGCUGGGACUGGGCAGUGCUACGGACGUUUAUAGUUUCUUUGGUCAUGAACUAUAUAUAUCUACAUGUGCGCGCUGCUUCGAGCUACGUAAGCAGCUGUAACUUCUUGCGUCUUUGAAAGUUGAAACAGCAUAUAUACGUACAUAGUCAGAAGGAAGGGACACAUAUAUUUGCCUGUUUUGUUGGUCAACUUUAACUGCUCGGACGGAGGAUGUGUUUUGUCUAGUCUUGGUGCUUGUCACUCUGAUGAGAAUGGAUCAUCACGGUGUUUAUAGCUGCAAUAAAUUCUAAACCAUCUAAAUCUGAUUUAAA